AUGGAUGAUGAUCAAUAUUUUAUCAAUCAAAGAUUAGUUAACGCAGCUAAAAGAGGUGAAGAUGAAUCUGUAGAAGAAUUCAUUUUAGAUGCAGAAAAUAAAGUAGAUAUCAAUUGUGUUGAUUCAAUUGGUGAAACUUCAGCUCAUUGGGCCGCAAAGAAUAACCAUGCCGAUGUUUUAAAGGUUUUAAUCAAAUACAAAGCUAAUGUCAAUGCUGUUACUGCUUCAUCAAAUGAAACUCCACUCCACAAAGCUGCUUAUAAAAAUAAUUUAGAUGCCAUUCGUGUUUUAGUAAUUGAUGGUAAAGCAGAUGUUUCAAUUAAAGAUAAAGAUGGCAAUACUCCAUUACAAAUUGCCAAAGAUGUCGAAUGCCGUAAAUUAUUAGUACCAAGAGUUGACACAAGUGUUGAUGAUCCAGUUGAUGCAGAUGACAGCGAUAAUGAAUAAACAAUUUAAAAAAUUAUUUAUAUUAUUUAAUUUAUUUUGUAACAAUAAGAAAAAUAAAAAAAUAAAAAAUAAAAAAUAAAAGAAGAUAAAAAUAAAAUAAAAAUCAUCAUCCAAGAUUUAAAAUUAUUUUUUCCCAC